GUCAUCGCCCACGGACAAGGUAGCAGCAAAGGCCUGAAACAGGAUGUGGACGUGUGGCUGUGGCAGCUGGAGGGCUCCUCUAAGGUGACGAUGGCAGGACAGUGUGUGAGCCUGGACCCAGAUGACAGCCUGUUGGUGCCUGCUGGGACUUCGUACAUGUGGGACCGAGGACAAGGGUGCGUGGCCCUGUCUGUGACACAGGACCCUGCCUGUAAGAGGCCACAGGGGUGACCUCCGUGGGUGGGUGCCCGCGUGCUGUCCUGGCAGCUGCCCUUUCCAAACAAGCCCUUUCUGCCUCACCGCAUCGCAUGGACCUCAUUGCGCAUCUCAACAGGCCCCUUGCUUGGUGGUGGGUUCUCGCUGUCACCGACCCUCCUGCCAUGGUCAGCACAGGAUGCCAGACUCCUAGGGUACCAGUAGCUCCCGUCCCUUCUAACAGCCAGAGGCCUACACCGUUCAGCCAGGUGCACAUGUCCCGUGGGCCCACCAGCGUGACACUAAGACACCUCUCAAUAAAGGCGUCCUGCUGAACGAG